CCCUUGGGGCCCUGCCGCGGUCCGCCAGCAGCACCGCCCGUCGGUCCCAAUAACGUGGUAACCUCAAUAUGCGGUGCUCCGUACGGAUAUCCACGUCGGGCACAUGUGCCAGCGCCAUGGUCCCUUUCUCUACUUCAUCAUGGAGUGUCUUUCAGUGGGCAGAAUAUUCCAAUGAGUAGUCAAGCUGCCGGGUUGCCAUCACUGCUUCUUGUUCUUACGGUGGCCUUGAUGCCCGUCCAGACCACAAGAACGGUGAACGAAAGGAAUACAAGUGGCAGAAAACUUCUUCCACCGCCACCGGGACUUGGAGGGAAAAGCAAACACGAAGUGCCAACGCAGAGGAAGUGGACGAUGCGGAUGAGGAAAAGCAAUACAAUGGGUCAAACUUGCCGCAUCAACCCACCCCAAGCCCUUACGCAUGAAAGCGCCUAUAAUCUCGUGUCGCCCUCCUCGACAAAUCCGACGCGGUGCAUACGAUCCAGAUAG